AUGACGCCAACCAGGGGAUGUUGGUCGACGCCGCUGGAAUUCCGGCGAUCUUGGUUGGGGACAGUUUUGGGGAAUGUGGUUUUGGGAUAUGACUCGACGGUGCCGGUGACGGUUGAGGAUAUGGUGCGUGCGACUGCGGCGGUUACUCGGGGAGCGAAGCGGGCGUUUGUGGUUGCGGAUAUGCCGUUCGGGAGCUAUCAAUCAGAUGUUCCGACAGCGAUCAAGAACGCAGCGCGGUUGAUGAAGGAAGGUGGUGCACAGUCGGUAAAGCUGGAGGGUGGGAUGUCGAUGGAGAAGACGAUAAGCGCGCUCGUGGACGCGGGGAUGCCGGUGAUGGGGCAUGUGGGUUUUACGCCGCAGUCGAUCCAUUCCUUCGGAGGGUAUCGGGUGCAGGGGCGUGGCGAGAAUGCGGAGCGGGUGAUUGAGGAUGCGUUGGCAGUGGAGCGAGCGGGAGCGUAUUCAGUGGUGUUGGAGUUGAUGCCGUCAGAGUUGUCGAAGGAGAUUACGGAGCGGUUGACGAUUCCGACGAUCGGGAUUGGCGCGGGUCCGCACUGCGACGGUCAGAUACAGGUGCUACACGACAUGUUGGGGUUGGACCCAACUUUCCGGCCGCGUCAUGCGGGUCACUACGGUGAUUUCGCGGAAGCGAUCACGGAUGCGGUGCGGCGUUAUGUGGACGAUGUGGCGACGGGAAGUUCUCGGGGACCAGGAGUCGCAUUACUCGCGUCAGGGUUGAACUUGUUUGGAUCGGGAUUUGUGGUGUGUGAGCAGCGCGAGCACAUGCGUUUGUAG